GCCGGUAGAGGCGGGGGAUCUAGCAGUGGGGGACACCCAGCAGCCCAGCUGCGACACCCACACCUACUGGCCCGCACUCCCUGGAGCUCUAGACAGGUAUAGAAAGACUGCCUAUCUUUUCAUCUAUUAUUUAAUCCAGUUCUGUGGCCACUCAUGGAUACUUACAAAUAUGACAGUCAGAUUCUUUUCAUUUGGAAAAGAUUCAAUGGUUGACACUUUUUAUGCUAUUGGACUUGUCAUGCGACUUUGCCAAUCCAUUUCUCUCCUGGAGUUGCUGCACAUAUAUGUUGGCAUUGAAUCAAACCAUCUUUUCCCAAGGUUUUUGCAGCUCACAGAGAGAAUAGUCAUUCUUUUUGUGGUGAUCACCAGUCAAGAGGAAAUCCAGGAGAAAUAUGUGGUGUGUGUUUUAUUCAUCUUUUGGAAUCUGUUGGAUAUGGCUAGGUACACUUACAGCAUGUUAUCGGUCAUAGGAACAUACUAUUCCGUCUUGACAUGGCUCAGUCAAACACUGUGGAUGCCAAUCUAUCCUCUGUGUGUUCUUGCUGAAGCAUUUGCCAUCUAUCAGUCGCUGCCUUAUUUUGAAUCAUUUGGCACUUACUCUACCAAGCUGCCUUUUGACUUCUCCAUCUAUUUCCCAUAUGUGCUACGGCUGUAUCUCAUGAUGCUCUUUAUAGGCAUGUAUUUUACCUACAGUCAUCUUUACUCAGAAAGAAGAGAUGUCCUCAGAGUCUUUUCCAUUAAGAAGAAGAAAAUAUGAAGUACAGCAUUCCAAUGUGACCUGAGAAAAGACAGGCUCGUGGACUUGGCUGCAGCAACUACAACACAGGAAGUAUUCUAGUGGAAAAUACCCAGUACUUGACAAAAACCCAUGACAUAACAUAAUCACACACCCCCAACUCUACACACAACAGCAGUCUGUUUAUCACUCACUGUAUUUCCAAAACGUGAACUCUGCAUACCCUGUUUUCCCCAAACUGUGGUUUUUAUACAAGUUACAUUUAUAUUGGGCGAAGUCUGAUUGUUUCACUGUAAGGUUAAUGAGAAAAAGGAAAUUAAUGGAAUUAAGUUCAGUUAAAUUGAGAAACCAGACUUGAUAACCUAAAUUACAUGUAUUCCUUCUCACUUCUGAUUGCCAAAUAGCAGCAGAUCUGUAGGAGAGCACUAUAAAAUACACUCUGUCCUCAUCUAGAAUAAUGUACUUCAUGGACAAAUGUCUUUGUCCCCAAAUGUCAGUACCCACCAUACAUACUAGCUACACAUUGAAAAUUAAACAUCUUUCCAAGGCCUAUGUUAGCCUUCUCAGGCUGCGAUAACAAAAGCCUCAAUCUGGGUGGCUUAAAUAAAUGUUUUUCUCAUGGUUCUGGAGUUUUAGAAGUCCAAGAUUUCUGUUCCUAGUGAGGACUUCUUGGUUUAUAGAUGGAUGCCUUUUUUUUUUUUUUCACAAGACAGACCACUGUCUCACAACUCCUCUUAUAAUGAUAUUUAUCCUAUUUGGGAGGGUUCCACCCUAAUCAAAGAACUGCUUCCCCAAGGCUCCACAUCCAGGUAUUGUUGCGUUGAGGGUUAGGGCCUAAUACAGGAAUUUUAGGGAAACACAGAUUCAGUCUAUAGCAUUUUGCACCUGACUUCACAAAAUUUAUGUUCUUCUUAUAAGUGAAAUACAUUCCUUCUAUCCCAACAGCCCCUAAAACCUAAUUCAUUCCUGCAAAGUCUAAAGUUUUAUCUAAGUUAUCUUCUAAAUCAGAGUAAAAUGAGACUCAGGUAUAAUUCAUCCCGAGGCAAACUUUUUUUCAAAUAAAUUAUGUGCUACCAAAAUGUAAUGAUUGGAUGGGCACUGUACAGACAUUCCCAUUUCCAAAGGGAGACUCGGUGGGAAGAAAGGGGCAACAGGUCCCCAGUAGGUUCAAACCCUAGCAAGACAAACUCUGAGAUCUGAGGGCUCAGGAGUGAUCUUCGACUUCCUGCUCUGCCUUCAGGACCCACUGGGGAGACGUCUUAUCCAUCUCUGUUGGGGAAGGCCGGGUCCUCACAGCUUUGGAUGGUCUCAGUCUUGUGGCUCCUGGCAGAUGAAUCACCUUUAGGGUCCUUCUUCCCUGGUCUACAUUCACAGCUGAUGAACUCUAUGGUCUCCUGUAAAAUCCAAAUCAUCCAAAACCAACCUUCCCUUUGUCUCAUCUCCAUUCCCUUCAGUUCAAACUAGCAGUGCUGGUAACUGAUUACAUCUGCAGUUCACACCCACACUAAACUCUAUUGAAUGGUCUCCUAUCACACCCUCAGUGUUCUCUUUAGAACAUAUUUUCUUAUUUUUUGUAAUAUGAAUGGAGCUCAGAAUUUUCAAAAUCUUUAAACGCUUCUUUUUGGUUGAUAAUUCUGUCCUCAAUGCAUUACUUUCAUAUUUUAAUUCAGGCAGUAGAAGGAUAACCAAAUCACUUCAACAGUUUGCUUAGAGAGCUCCUCAGCUAAAUAUCCAGUUCAUUGCCCACAUGUCUCACCUUUCACAAAACACUAGAACGUGGACACAAUCCAGCCAAGUUACUUGCCACUUUAUGACAAAGAUUCCAUUUCUUCCAGUUUGCAAUAACAUGUUCCUCAUUACCAUCUACCACCUCAUCCAAAUGGCAUUUACUAUUCUUAUUUCUGUCAGUGUUCUCUUCAUGAUAAUUUAUGUAUUCUCCAAGAUUGCACUUUCUUUCCAGAUUUCUUCUAUUUUCUGUUAGCCCUCACCCAAAUCACCUGUGUCAAUUCCUAAACAGUAUUAGCAGUUUUUCCUAUCAUGCAUCUUGAAACUCUUCUAGUCUCUACUCAUUACUUAACUUCAAAGAUACUUCUAAAUUUUUAUAUAUUUGGUAUAACAGCACCUGCUUCUUGGUGUAUCAUAGAUUUGGUUACAAUAACAAAAUACUGUACACUGGGUGACUUAAACAAUAGAAAUAGGUUUCUCCAACUCUGGAGGCUAAGAAGUUCAAUAUCAAGGUGCCAGUUCAUUCAGUUCCUGGUGAGAUUCCAGGAUAACAACUCCUUCUUUGGGGUUUGCAGAUGGAUGGUUUCUUGCUGUAUCUCCACAUGGUAGAGAAAGCAAGUAUCUCUCCCAUGUCUCUUGUAAGCUUACUAAUUCCAUUCAUGAGGGCUCCGCACCCGUAUCUACUUACUUCUCACAGGCCUCACCUCCAAAUACUAGCAUUCCGAGAGAAGCUAACUUCUAGCAAAUGACUUCAAAAAAAGUUAUUAAUAGCCUCUUAGUUACCAUGGAGCCAUUCCAUUACAAAUAAAACAGAAGAUUUUAGGUACUUGCAUGGAUCCCAACAUCUGUUCCAAAUGUACACUUUUUAAAUCAAGAGUCAGAAUGUUUGGAUACUUUUGAGAAACAUAACAUGGCUUUAACCCCACAUUAAUUUGUUAGUAUAUCCCUGCAUGCUAUUUCUCUUGGCAUUUGUGUUUUCAAAAACUAACAGAAGAUGACUUGUAAGUUAAAUUUCCUUUUGUGUAUAGUAAGGAACAUCUGGUUUAAAAAAGCAGAGACUUCUGGUUUCUAGAGAGCAAACCAAAAUAUCUUGAGGGAAUAAUUAAUUCUUACCUGAGGUCAUACAGAUAAUGAAGAAGAAGGGUCUUAUUAUUUCAGUGACCUAUAUCUUAGAAUGUUUGUACUUUCAAAUUUACAACCUUUGAGGUUUCCAUGAAUAAGAAAAUACCAUGAAUCUUCCAUCCAAGUCUGCUCAAAAACAAAAAAGGGAGCUGGGGAAGAGAAGAUAGGGAUAUCUUAUUUUUUCUCUUUUGUAUCCUUGUUUUCUUAUCAAGGACAGGAGCAGGGAGGGACAAGGUUUGAAAAGAAACAGCUGAAAGGAAAAGAGCAAUCUGAGUUUGCCACCUCUAUUUACAAAAUGAUCCAGAAAUCUAAAGUCCUACACCUUUGUACCACAACUCUAAACUUCCCACUUCCAGAGGUCUGGUAAUAUAAGAUAGAGUUGUUUCUUUUGAGUGCACCAAUCUUACAGUAAGCAUGAAACAGAUUUAAUGGGAUUUGAUUUGAUGGGAGUUUGCAUCUUGAAGAGGAAGCUAAUAAGCCUGAUAGAACCCAAGAUCCAAAAUGAUUUCAGCUCUAGGAACUUGGCUAGAGGUGAGACUGCCACUUCCUGGAUGUGUUUACUGUAUUUUUUUAAAAAUAGAAAACAAUAUCUCCUUAUGGUAUUGCUGCAAGAGUGAAAUAAACCAAUACAAGUGUACUUACAGUCUGGCACCCAACAGUAAAUGCUAGAUGAAUUUCAACCUGUAACAGUAGUAUGAGACAGUGUAUGUGGGUGGGAAGGAGAAAGCUAGCUUCCAAUCUAAAUUUUCUACCUUCUUGCUUUUUACAUUCAUUUCCCUCUAGCUCAACCUCUAAGGAAAUAAUAGAUUUGCUAAACAAAACUAGUAGGACUAUUUUCAACAUAGGUGGCAGGUACACUUGGUGACAACAUGAAAGUACAAGCCACAUGGGAAUACUAGAAGUUCAUGGCACUUGUGGAGCACCAGCCACUGUACUAUGCUUUGGUAUGACAGAUACAAAGGUACAUAUUUUCAGUGGCAUAAUUUUUAUUCCCAAUUAUCUCAUAGAUGUAUCAGUAUGUGUAUGAUUGCCUAGAGAUAGAACCCUGAUUAAUGGUUGUGUGAAAAAAGGAUAGUUAGCAGACAAGCCAUUGAAUAAAUUGCAAUCCUUGAUGACACUGUCACAAACCUUCAUUUUCUUUAGACCACUAGUCGCCCUAAGAAAUUUGUACUUGUUAAAAAAAAAAAAAUUAGAGGAGACAUUUGCCAUUUUCUGCCUACCCAGCAUCCUGAAGAAAUACAGUUCACACGGUCUGGGUGGGCCGCCUCUUCUCUUUGUGCAGGGAUCUAAAGAUAAGUAGACUUAUGACUUAAGCUUGGCCAAUGACAGUGCUCUACUUCCCAGGGACCAAACACUUGUUCAGAGACUCACAUGUGACAUGGAAUGAAGCAACUUCUCCCCAUGUUGCUUUUGCCACACCUGUGGGCAAAGACACUUUUCCUUACCUUUGGCAAGAUGGCAGCCAUCUUGCCAGGGAUGUAGAAGCAUCCCAAGAAGAACAAAGUCUGAUGGCACCAUUUGAUUCACUGGAUGCAACUGCUACUCAUUAGAUCUAAAAUUUCUUGGUUUGUGAACUAAUAUUCACCUUUUUGGCUGAUUUAUUUUGAACUGGAUAACUUUUGCUUGCAUUAAAAGGAACAAAGCAUAAGGAAAUAUAGCCCUCACUAAUAAUUAAUUUAGCUAAUAUUCGGUGUCAUGCUUAUUAUUUAAAUGUGUAUAGCAGUUCCAAAAUAUUUAUCAAUAGUAAUAAAACUUGUCUAAGUCAAUGAAUAUCA